UACGAUUUAUUCUCCUUCUCGUUCUCCAAGAGUUUGUACUUACAUUUCGUUCAGCUGCCAAGUUUCUUUCUGCAGCUCUACUCUGAAAGUGAAUGAUGUUGCAGCUUUCUACCGUCUCGCGUUCUACCGUCGUUGCACGAGCCGCGUGGAGCUUUUGCCUUCUUUUGUGUGUAGCGGUCUUCCUCUGUCCGGUGGAGGUGUUUGCUUCGAGGUUCUGGCCUUGUCUGGCUUGUUGUGGAGGAACGGAUACCGUCUCCGAACAAGGUCGAAGGUCAGGACUACUGUCUGAAGACGAAGAGCAUGACACGACCCUUGGACUUCGUGGUGCUGGUCGACUAGGGUCUCCCCAUCAUGAUCGCGCAGACAGCGAUGCUAUCGUUUCAUCGACAACAAAGUUGUGGUCGCCGCCUGCUUUAUCCGUUGUGUGCACGAACGGCCCCAGAGCUGGACGUACAAGCACUAUUGAGGCUAGUAUUAUGAGUAUUUUUUUAUUCAGAUUUCAUCAUCAUGUAGGGGUCGAAUAAUUGCUAAAAAUACGUAGGAAGCCUCUGUCUUUCGCCUGUCAAUUUCAAUUUUCUAGACACUCCUACACACGCUUGUUCGUUGCGAUACUUCUAAAGAGAACAAGCAGAACUACCACGAUGGGGACGGCAUAAAAACAGGGAGUUACUCAUCCGCCAGUGGGACCGAUGCGGCGGCACACUUAAGGCUACCGCUGAAGCAUGUCCUUAACACCAUGAUCCUUGGUUCCUCUUUUUCAAGGGGAAAAAGAGGCGUCCAAGAAUAUGGCUCGAAAGGAAGAUGGGACGUGGUAGCUCUAACACAGGGCGCAGGAGCUCCGUGGCCUGCUGAUGCAUCCGCGUCGUCGGCUUUGACAGAUGGCGUAAUCGAUGAGGCUCCUGCCUUUGCCGACUCACAACGUCUUCGUCGAGAAAACGCAAAAUAUGAUACAAAAGGCGCCGCGAAAGAGAAGAAGAAGCUAAGAGAUUGAUAAUCAUAAUGUAGUUACAUCGCAUUCUUAUCCUAGGUUAGUCCCUCAUGAUGUUUAUCCUAGGUUAGUCCCUCCAAUCAAUUAACGUCACAUCGCAAUCUUCACCACAAGCCAGUGUUAUUGCUAUCGCUCCUCUAGUCUGGCAAUAAGGAAAGAUGUGAAGAGGCAAGAAGCAUGUUGUGAGUAUUGAUGAGUUAAGUAUGUUGAUUAUUUUGUUGAGUCAACAAUGAAGCUACAGCACCGCAGCUACAUUAUUGGAUGGCCUCACAAGUAGACAACAAUAGCUACAUUCAUAAGAGGCUAAUUACAUAAUGCUGGCAUGACACUUUUCUGAGUACGCACAUUGCACUCCUGUGGUAUCUUCUAAGUUGACACCCUGAGGAGCACAGUUCUGCUGGUGCACCAGAGCCAGGAAGUUGUGAAGAGCUCAGCCAUAGCAGUUUAGGUUACAGUGACGGGCACUCGUCUGUUGGGCACUCGUCCGUUCAUUCGUCUUUGGUCGAGGCAGAGGGACACUCAGCUGAGGAGCAACCGAAGUGGCCGACGAAAGUAGAAUGGGCUCGACGGGACACAGACAACCAAGAUGGGAGGUUAGAGGUUUAAGGCCCAUAAAAAUAGAGAUAUCUGACUACGAGGGGACAGUUGUUGUCUGACGAGAUAGAUCAUGAUAAUAAAGGCUGCCUUUCAAAAAUGUGCAUCGUCUUGCGGGUAGACUAGUAGAACUGAGACAUCACCGUGGCCACGAUGUUGAAUCAUAUUAACAGAAGCACACACUCACACACAUAUUUACGUAUUGAGAUAUUUAAUUUUGGGACGAUAGUACUAAACACGUGAUAUCAAAUAUUUUUAUUGGGACGAUACAACACCUAGUUUGCUUCUAAAAAAAAAAUGAAUCGCGCACUGAGAGUCGUGGCUCUAGCGCAGGAAGUUCCACGAGCAGCGACAAGCCGCCGCUUCCUCCAGGUAAGCUGCCGGGGCGUAGACAUUUUUCUAGGGAGUAUCAGAAGCAGCAAAAAAUUGCGGCGUGGCAUACUUUAAGGGUUACCGUCAAAUUACAUUCCCCAUUGCUAGACCAUCCUUUGCUUUUUGAUUCUAGCAGAGAAUAAGAAGCCAAGGAAGAUGUCCUGGGGAGUGUAAUUCAUCUGCAACCUCUAAACACUGCUAGGAGCCGACGAGGCCGAUCAUCGAAUCGAACGGGCGAGCUCGGUGACAGUGACGUUACGCCUAGAGGUAUGAAAAGGAAUCAGCUACUCAUACGUGGACUCGAAAAUCUUAUUGGGGCUUAAGAAGUCACUUAGAUUGAUGCCUGGCCAGUGUACAACUAUUUGCGGGCCUAUCUUGCAAUUAAGUAUAGACUCCAGACCUGCGCAGCGUAGAAAGACCUUAUACGCGCUCAUCUUGGUCCAGCACUCAUACAGAUUCUGCCUUCUGUCUGCCUACAAUUUUGUGACCUACAAGUUUUAGCACGUAUGAGUAGUUAUAGCCCUUUUUUUGUGUCUUCAUAUAACGCACCGGGGGCAGAGGAACGCACCGGGAAGAGGACGUGAAUAACCGCGCCGCAUUCAACCUGAUGCUGAAAAGUACACGCCGCCGCAACGAAAGCUUAGCCGCUUCAGGGGAGGAGGAGGGUGGAAGCAGCUCGCAGUCGGAAGACUCCUUCUCUGUGGGAGUGCCGGCAACAGGAUCGCUUGGCGAUGUGACACAACGUACUCAACGGAAAGAAGGUGGACAAGACCACGAUGCGAGGGAAGCUGAUGGGAAUGUGACGUCUUGGGCUUCUUGGCAGGUUUAUUAUCGCAACUCAGAUAAAUUAUGGGAAAAGCUGCGUGGUUCGAAUGAGUGAGUUGCUGCGUGGUUCGAAUGAAUGAAUGAAUACGAUCAGCAGGUUUUAUCUAUCCCUCUCGGCAUCUCGAUGCCCUUGCUUUCCCUUCUAUUCUUUUCAUGGGAAGCAAAGGGGUCGAGAUGAGGGGACCGAGAUGGAUUAAUGCUGACUGCAACAUAAUAUAUAAAGUAGUAGAUGAUGAAGUUGAUUAUGCUGACGAGGGGAACGGGAACCAGAGUAGCAAACUAACAUGAUGAUGGUGCUUUUGUAAGGACAACUCUAGUACUACGUGUUCUUUGUCGUGUGUUGCAAUUUUUCUGCUGUCAAAUGAAAGACCGGUCAAAUGAAAGACCGCAUCCUCUACACUCAGGAGGCGCUACUAUAAUUAAGACAACUUCGUCUUCUAAAACUGGUCUUGCGGAGAAAAAAUCCAUCAGGUGGCGCUUCUUCUUCGCGCCAACCGUUUCGUGGCGAGGAUGGGGCAACGCGAGGUCCGGCCGGAACAGAAACUACACCAACCGAGACUCCUGCUACAGUUAAGAAUCGUCUUGCGUUAUCCAAUAUCGUGGAUUAUUUACCUGUCCUGAGGAGCGUCUUCUCCUAGUGCAUGGGAAAUGUCAGUGUCAAGAAGAAUUAGGUCACGUAGAGCUCUCUCUCAGGAGCUCAACACCCAAAGGAACGAGUAUAACGAAAGACAAGGAUAUUGAGUUUCUAAUGUAGAAGCGGGGACAGGGACGGGCCAGGACGAGUCUGACGGGGAGCCGGGCUCUGUGAUUUCUUCGUCCUUUAUUAAGGCUUCCCCUAAUCCAUCUUCGGAAGCAUUCUCAAGAGGCUUUUCAGGGGGAAAUAGAGGGGCCUAGGAUGCAUUUCGAGAUUGAUGGAUUAGGGCGAGCGCUAACUUUAUCUCUGGGGACGAGAAUUCUCAGGAGCAGGAAAACAAGCAGUGCUGA